GUAAACCAAGUUUCUCAUGUCCCACUGCGGUCAAGGAGAGGAGCUCUGCCAAGUCGAACUAGAGCGUCUUACACACCCUUAAAUGUAACUGUCAAUGGAAAGUCAUGCAUCCUCUUCUGUGCUAAGAAGCUGGAGGUUAAACUGAAGGAUCACACACAGCUUGACCUGACGGGCAGGAUCUUUGGACCAAAUGCAAAAGUGAAUCUGAGGAGCUCAACCUGCAGUGAAAACAAGGCAAUGUUAGUCCUUAAACUUGGAGAUGUGGAGGACCUGAAAGACUUUGUCAUCAGGCUGCUAAUGUCAAACACCUAUUAUGAUUCAGCUGGGCAGAACUGGUUCAGCUUGGACAGCGUUCACAUUCUGUAUAAUAAGACUUCAGAAGUGAGGUUUAAUGCCACUGAAAUCUAUGCACCAGCAACUUCUUCUUACCAUUGCCAGCAUGUCAGCAGCCUCCAAAAGUAUGACACAUUGUUGGUUCCAAGUACCCAGGCUGAUGGAGCUACACUUCAACAUGUCACCUUCACAGAUUUCCAGAUUCAAGCGUUCAGCAUUCAAGAUGGGCAGUUUGCAUCAGCAACUGACUGCGCCUCCUUCUUCACACCUGCCAUACUGAUGGGCCUUAUCAUGUCUCUCAUUCUGCUGCUGGUCUUGGCUUAUGCCCUCCACAUGGUUGUCCACUUGAAAUCGAUAGAGCGAUACGAUGAGCAUAAAACUGUCUAUUUUCCAAAAACGCAAUCAUCAGACUCUGGUGAUAAAAACAGCUUAUGAAUAAUAAGACAUGAGAAGUGACAGUCUGGUAUCUAAUAUAAUGACUCCCAGAUUCUGC